AUGCCGAAGGAUGAUGAGGAUGUGAUUGAGUUCCCGCCGGAACCUUCAACAUCAAACCUGCCCGAGCCUCGUCCUCUAGAGUAUGAUGGGAGCAAAUGGCCUCCCUCCAAGCCUCUUGUGAUCGAUGUAGGAUCCCACUCAACCAGAGCCGGCUGGGCGGGCGAAAAGGACCCCUGCGUUGUGCUCCGUUCACUCGUAGGGAAGGCGAAGGAUGGGAAGGGGGACCUCGUCACACUAGCAGGCGACCAGCUCUUGUGUAGGGACAUCUCAAAGACGAUGGUGAGGUCGCCGUUUGAGAAGGAUGUUGUUCAGCACUUCGAGAGCAUGGAAACAAUCUUGGACUACACGCUGUACAGGAUGGGGAUCCACACGGAGAAGCUCUACCAUCCAGUUCUUGUCACCGAAGCACUGUGCAAUCCCAACUACUGCCGCUCGAGAUUCUCCGAGAUUCUCUUUGAGUGCUACGGAGCACCGAAGGUCGCCUACGGUGUAGACGCGCUGUUUGCCUACGACUCGAUGCUCAACUCCCCAGCUUCCUACACUCCCCAGGAGACUUGGGGCGGGAAAGCGUCUCAUGGGCUCAUAAUUCGCGUUGGGCACUCAAGUUCCAACGUCAUCCCGAUCUAUGACGGGGCAGUAGGAUUCAAGUCAUCGUACAGGAUGGCGUUGGGAGGCUUCUCCUGCUCCAACACUCUCCAGCAGCUCCUCCUCCUCAGACAUCCACAGCACAAACCUGCAAUCACUGCCCACCGCGUCCAGUUGAUCAAGGAGAAGUUUUGCUUCGUCGCCCAGGAGGAUUAUAUGGAGAAGUUGCGGGAAUACGAGUCUCUCGAGAGCCUGCAGAAGAAGUCGAUGAGGGUUGAAAAUUUAAUUGUUAGGUUUCAGCUGCCCUACACUGAGAAGGAAGUUCCGGUGCAGACUGAAGAGGAGAUUCAGCGGAGGAAGCGACAGCGAGAGGAGCAGGCCAAGAGAUUGCGGGAGAUGGCUUCACAGAAGAGGCAGGAGAAGCUGCGCGUGCUUGCCCAGAAUAUCAAGGCUCUCUUGGAUCUCCAGAUCGAUGAAGUGGGCGAGAAGAUCGCAGCCUUCGGCAUCUCGGAGCCGACAAAACCUGCCUCCGUCUCCAAGUUCUUGGGGAAUCUGUCAAGGCAGCUGAACGAUAUCCGAGCAAAGCACAAGGCGAAGGGGUUCGAUGUUCCUGCGGGUGAGGCGAGAGAGGGCGGGGAAGCUGCUCCGGCGUCGAUGAAGUUUGAUGCCUCAGACGAUCCUGUGGUUGAAGAGUUCCUGAAAGCUGAACCGGAAGAGGACAAGGAGAGAGAGAAGAAGAGGAAGCAGAAGAUGAUGGCUGGACUGCAGCAAGCUCGUCUGGCAGAGAAGAAACGAAAGACGGAGCAAGCUGAAGAGAAGCAGAGGAAACGUCAGGAGGAGGAGGAGGAGCGCAAGCUCGAUCCUCAGAAGUGGUUGACUGGAGCGAAACAGAGGCACGCAAACUUGUUUCAAAAGUAUCAGCAGAGGCAGAAGAAGAAGGCCAUGGUGAACGACAGGAGGUCAGAGGCCUCAAACGAGAGGAUGAAGGCGAUUAUCUCCACCCUUGCGGGAUCGGAAGACGCAAAGAAGAAGAAUGCAGACGGAUGCGCCGAUGACGGAUCUGACUUUGGAGAUGAUGACGAUGAUUGGAACGUGUACAGACAGAUUUCAAGGGAAGCAGUAUCUGACAGCAGCGAGGAGGAGGUUGAUGCUACUCUGGCCGAGCUGGAUGCGCAGAUCUUAGAGCUCGAUCCUCUCCAUAUCCCAGUGUCACAGUUCCACCAGGAGAACGAGCCCAGCACCAACGUCUACAUCCCAACCGCGCGAGACUUUCAGCUUGCUCUCUCCACCGAGCUCAUCCAAGUCCCAGAGAUUCUCUUCCAGCCCUCCAUCAUCGGGCUGGAGCACUGUGGCAUGGCUGAGCUGAUCAACAACGUGCUGAAUCGCUACAACAUGGACCAGAGGAUGAGGAUGGCGGAGAACGUGUACAUCUGUGGAGGGGGGUCGCUGUUUCCGGGUUUCAAGGAGAGGAUCGAGUACGAGAUCCGUUGCCUGCUUCCUGCAGGGGCAAAUUUGAACGUGGUGGUGGCCCACGAUCCGAUCCUUGAGACUUGGAGAGGAGCGUCCAAAUUCGCAGCCCAUGAGAAAUUCGAGUCUGUCUGCUUGACGAAGCAGGAAUGGGAGGAAAAAGGACCAGGGUAUUUGAUCGAGCACCGCUGCUCGAACAAAUUUUUUCCUUCAAUUGCCUCAACUAUGUAG